AUGGGGUUGCCUCGCGCAGCACCGGUUCCUGCAGCAGUCCAAAUGUCAGCUCAAAUGUCUAUUCACGAAGCUACGGGAGAAAUUCGUAUAGCGCUUAUUAAGACAAGUAGUGACGCGGAGCUGGUGGAUCGUAUCGUGCAAAACUGCUUCGAGAUACUGGAGAGCCAGUGCAUAAGCUCUGAGACCUUCACUGUCCCUACAGUAGAGCAGUUGCCUUACGCCGCGAACAAGCUCACGGAGUUUGGUGGCUUCAAUGGUGCACUUUGUUUUGGCUUUUUGAACACGCAAGACAUCCAGUUCCCAGCCUUAAGCGCGGCAUUAACGCAGAGCUUGAUCGACAUCAGUGUCAAGAAUGCAUGUCCUAUAGUGCCUGCUGUGUUUGUUGGAGGAUCGCGUGUGGCUUCAGUUAAGGUAAAAGAAGGAUGGGGGACUGAGUUUGCCGACAUUGGAUCAUUGAUUCAGCUUGGUGUUCAAGAAAGCAAGUAA